AUGUGCGACGACGAAGUUGCGGCUCUUGUGGUCGACAAUGGAUCCGGAAUGUGCAAAGCCGGAUUUGCCGGAGACGAUGCUCCCCGCGCCGUAUUUCCCUCCAUUGUCGGUCGCCCUCGCCACCAGGGUGUCAUGGUUGGUAUGGGACAAAAGGAUUCAUAUGUAGGAGAUGAAGCCCAAUCCAAGAGAGGUAUCCUCACUCUCAAGUAUCCAAUUGAGCACGGUAUCGUCACUAACUGGGACGAUAUGGAGAAGAUCUGGCAUCACACCUUUUACAAUGAGCUUCGUGUUGCUCCCGAAGAGCACCCCGUUCUGUUGACUGAAGCUCCCCUUAACCCAAAGGCCAACAGGGAGAAGAUGACCCAGAUCAUGUUCGAAACCUUCAACACGCCUGCAAUGUACGUUGCCAUCCAGGCUGUGCUAUCCCUUUAUGCCUCUGGUCGUACCACUGGAGUCGUACUCGAUUCGGGAGAUGGAGUCACCCACACUGUCCCUAUCUAUGAGGGAUAUGCCCUCCCUCACGCCAUCCUUCGUCUCGACCUUGCCGGACGUGAUCUUACUGAUUACUUGAUGAAGAUCCUCACUGAACGUGGUUACUCAUUCACCACCACAGCCGAACGUGAAAUUGUGCGAGACAUCAAGGAGAAAUUGUGCUAUGUAGCUCUCGAUUUCGAGCAAGAAAUGGCCACUGCAGCCUCCUCUUCUUCUCUUGAGAAGUCCUAUGAACUUCCUGACGGACAGGUCAUCACCGUCGGAAACGAGCGAUUCCGUUGCCCUGAGGCCAUGUUCCAGCCUUCGUUCCUCGGUAUGGAAUCUGCAGGCAUUCAUGAGACGUCGUAUAACUCCAUAAUGAAGUGCGAUAUCGACAUCCGUAAAGAUUUGUACGCAAAUACCGUUCUUUCCGGCGGAACUACUAUGUAUCCGGGCAUUGCUGAUCGUAUGCAGAAAGAAAUCACUGCACUUGCUCCAAGUACAAUGAAGAUCAAAAUUAUCGCUCCACCUGAGCGGAAGUACUCCGUAUGGAUCGGAGGGUCGAUCCUCGCUUCUCUGUCAACGUUCCAACAGAUGUGGAUCUCCAAGCAAGAGUACGAUGAGUCUGGCCCGUCGAUCGUUCAUCGCAAGUGCUUCUGA